AUGGAAGCACAAGAACCAAAUGACAAGCCAAUUUCAGAAGAAGCUCUACGUAUCCUUGAGGAAUUACGGUGGAAGACAUUAGAUUUUGCUGCUCUUAGACAAAGCUGUAUAUCUUUUGUUGAAAAUGGAAAGAGAGAGGCAACGGUUUCACGCUGGGCACGGGCAAAGACCAUGGCUUCAAAGGUUGGAAAAGGCUUGUUGAAGGAUGAGAAAGCUCAUACAUUAUAUAUUAAGAACUGGUUAGAAGCUAUUGAUCCACGUCACCGAUAUGGUCUCAACCUACAUCGUUAUUAUGAUGUAUGGUACAAUAGCGAAAGCUCACAACCAUUCUUCUACUGGCUAGAUAUUGGUGAAGGAAAAGAAGUUAACGCCGAGAAAUGUUCAAGGAGUGAUCUACAGUCCCAAUGCAUCACGUAUCUUGGACCAAAAGAGAGGGAAGCAUACGAAGUAGCUCUGGAAAAUGGAAAGCUAAUUUAUAAGAAAAGUGGUGCUUCUGUCGACACUAAUGUUGAGGGUACACAAUGGAUUUUUGUGCUCAGCACCUCAAGAACGUUAUACGUUGGACAAAAGGAAAAAGGCAAUUUUCACCACUCAAGUUUUCUAGCUGGAGGUGCUUCUCUUGCAUCUGGAAGAUUGCUUGUCUCUCACGGGGAACUCCAG